AUGUCUCUUCGUGUGUUGGCCCUUUUGGGCCUUGCGAGCUUGGCUGCCGCCGCUCCAAACAUGAAACCUUCUGCCAGCACUGUCAACAAGCGUUAUGUCGAGGAGCGUAAUGGAGUCACGUACAAUGUCUUCAAGCGCGCCGGGGAAGCGUCGUCUCUUUCCUACGUCAAGAACAGCGGUAUUUGUGAAACUACUCCAGGAGUUGAUCAAUACUCUGGCUAUCUGGAUGUUGGAACGGACAUGCACAUGUGGUACUGGUUCUUCGCGGCGCGCAGCCAGCCCACGACCGCUCCCCUGGUUCUCUGGCUAAAUGGUGGACCUGGCUGCUCGUCGAUGAUCGGGCUGUUCCAAGAACACGGGCCCUGCCAUUUCGUCGAUGGAAGCAGCAAGCCGAGCCUGAACCAGUACUCUUGGAACAACGUCGCCAACAUGCUCUACGUUGACCAGCCAAUCGGAACUGGCUUCAGCUACGGCGACGACGAAGCGACGUCUACCGUCAGCGCCGCCGCGUACGUCUGGACGUUCCUCCAGAACUUCUACGCGGCAUUCCCCGAGUAUGAGAACCGGGACUUCGGUCUUUGGACCGAGUCCUACGGCGGCCACUACGGUCCCGAGUUUGCUGCCUAUUUCGAGGCUCAGAAUGCUAAGAUCGCUGCCGGAACCAUUACUGGCGAGAAGGUCAACUUGGUCGCGUUGGGCAUCAACAACGGGUGGAUAGACCCUGUGCUUCAGUAUCAGGCAUACCCAAUCUUUGCCUAUAACAACACGUACAAGCAGCUCAUCUCUCGGAGUCAGUACCAGAGUUAUAUGAGCGCUUACACCAAAAAAUGUGUACCGGCAAUGGCAUCUUGCACGGGUCUGACCGGUAACAACAACGCAUGCCUGAGUGGAGACAGCACCUGCCGCUCUGCUGUCGAGUCGCCGAUCGAGAACGCCAACGACUUCAACGUCUACGACGUGCUCGAGCCCAGCAGCUCCCAGUCCACCGACCCACCGGAGACGUACGUCGACUAUCUCCAGAGCCAGUCUGUCAUGACCGCCAUUGGGGCCCAGACGACCUACGGCGAAUGCCCUGAUACACCUUACAACAAGAUGGUCGGCAGCGGCGACGAAGCCCGAUCAUUCCUCGAACCCUUGUCGGAAGUCGUUCGUUCAGGUGUCAAUGUCUUGGUCUGGGCUGGUGAUCUGGAUUGGAUCUGCAACUGGUUCGGAUCUCAACUGGUGGUGAACUCUAUCAACUACACCGACAGCGCCGCCUUCCGGUCUGCUAAGCUUGCCGAGUACACUGUGAGCGGCAAGUCGCACGGCCAGUUCAAGACCGCUGGUAACCUGAACUUCCUCCGUGUUUACGAGGCCGGACACGAGGUGCCUUACUAUCAACCCGCCGCGGCACUUCAAGCAUUCACGCAGAUCAUGCAGGGCAAAGCGCUUUCGUCAACUUAA